AGUUUUCAUUAUAAUAUUAUUAGUGCAAUUACUCUAUUCCUGCGUUACGGUGGACUUUUUCAUCACACUCGAGUCGAACAAUAAAUAUAGGUGAACAUUAUGAUAUCAUCAAAGCAAACGGAUAAACCGAAAACAUCCGAAUCGGAGGACGUGGUGUUCACCGAUACAAAUCUGAAAGGGGACUGGUCCAAUGUUUUUCUGUUGAUAUUAAUGUAUACGAUGCAAGGCUUAUGUAUAGGUGUAUGUUCAUCUAUACCGAUAUUAUUGAAAAGCAGGAAAGACGGGACAUACUUCGAACAGGCCAUUUACAGUAUUACGAGUUAUCCCUAUUUCUUGAAACUGUUUUGGGCUCCGUUGGUGGACUCAUACUAUAUACACAAGUUUGGAAGGCGAAAGACUUGGCUCGUAUCCACUCAAUUUUUAAUUGGAAUAGUUUUACUUUACGCUGGCCGGAACAUUGAUACAUUUUUACCAGAAAAAGAAAAACCAAAUAUCACUGCACUCGUAAUAAUUUUUUUUUCAAUUGUAUUUCUAUCUGCCACACAAGAUAUAGCUGUUGAUGGUUGGGCAUUAACGAUGCUGAAAAAAAAUAAUGUAGGUUAUGCAUCGACUUGCAAUACGACGGGACUAGCAUUUGGCAUAAUUAUUGGUAAUGUUUUAACCAUUUUGUUGACAUCAAGUGAAUUUUGUAAUAAAUACAUACGAUUUGCACCAAGUGCCGAAGGAAUAAUAUCUUUAAAUAAUUCGCUGUAUGGUGUGGGAAUUACAAUAAUUUUAUUAACAAUAUUCAUUGCCAUAUUUAAAAAAGAAAAAGAUAAUACCUUAGAUGAUGACUUUAUGGAACUCAACAUUAUCCAAAGUUAUUCACUAUUGUGGAAUGUUUUAAAAAUACGCAAUGUUAAAAUACUCGCAAUAGCAUUACUAACAGUAAAGAUCGGAUUUGCUGCAACAGAUUCUUUAUCGAGUUUUAAACUUAUGGAUGCAGGUAUAUCUAAAGAUGAUAUUUCAAUUAUACACUCAGUGGUGCCUGGAAUACACAUGAUAAUUCCACUAAUUGUAGCGAAAUACACAUCCGGUCCAAAAGUGAUAAGUGUGUAUUUACGAGUAAUACCCUACAGAUUAUUAUUGAACUUGGCAUUUAUUUUGUUUGUUUAUGUAACAAAAAAAAUAGUAAAAAAUAACGGAGUUAUAGAAAUACCAGUUUAUUAUUACGUGCUUUUAGCUAUAUUAACAUUAUUACAGCAAGUUUUAAUGUACAUCAUGUUUAUAGCUAUAUUAUCAUUUUUCUCUCGGAUAAGUGAUCCUCGUUUUGGCGGAAUCUACAUGACUUUAUUGAAUACACUUUCAAAUUUAGGAGGAAUGUUGUCAAACACAGCAGCAUUGGGACUGUUUGAUUUGCUAACGUUCAAACAUUGUUCGGUUGAAAAUUCGAAUAUAAAUCCAACAAAUGAAGAUUGCACUAUAAUAGUAGACGGCUAUUACGUUGAAGAGGUUUUAUGUACUAUUAUUGGAAUCAUAUGGAUUAGUAUUUUUAGAAAAAAAUUUAAAAGCUUUCAAACUUUGAGUCCUUCUCAUUGGUCAGUCCACAGAAAAUCCCCAGUUAUAGCAGAUGACAAAGAAGAUGCUCUAUAAAGCUCAUUUGAUGAUGAAAUAACCAAAGGAUUAUUGGGACGAUAUUAGAGGAUCGAGUAUAUGAAGCAAAUUAAAAUAGACAUGGAGAAGAAUAGCUAUUAGAAGUUUCAAAAAUUGAGUAACAAUAUAGAUGCACGAAGAUCUUUUGCAAAUUAAUCAAAUGAUUGAAGACGUAAUGAAGAUACAUUUAAUUUGUGAUGUUUAUCAAUGCUUAUCAUUUUGAAAUGAAAUAAAUAUCGUAUAUUUUUUUAUUGAUCA